UAUCCCCCACCUUUUAGUCUCCCCUUCCUGAUGGAGGGGGUAUAGGAUGUAGAGAAGGAUAGGGGGAUAUGGAAGAUAAAAGAAGGACCAUAAGGAGGGGAACUAUGAUGUAAUGCUCUGCCAAUGAGACUUCAUUAAUUUGGAUAGAGGGUGGGGCAUGGGGUAGCUCAUUUACGUGACUGGUGGGAACAGGGAGGGUGGGAGGAGCAAUAGAACCUCAAGGAUAUAAUACAGAGACUGUCAAGACAAGUCAACACAUGAUACAGGAUUGCUCAACAAGAAGUCACAACAGGAUAUGGGACUGUCCAACAACAACUAAAACAGAAUCCGACCAUGAUGCCUAUGUAGGUGUCAUGGUAUAUUCCACUGGUGCUUCAUGAUGCCUACCUUGGAGUCAUCAUACUGAAGGGGUUAAGCUGGAUACAAAAUGCAAAAUCUGUUCUUUUAAUCCCCUUCUUUCUUGUAGAUGCUUAUAAAGAUUUCAUGCAUUGCUUCUGGUGCUGGUAAUUGUUUCGUAUUGAAGUGAAAUGGUUAAAAUGCACAAAAAAAAAAAAAAAAAUUCAUUAGAUUUUGAUUCUUUGGACACUGACAAUGGAUUUAAAAAUGCAUAAAAAAAAAAAAUCAGUCAGCAAUGAAAACUCAGUGUUUCCUUCACCACUACCACCACAACCACCACCAAGACUGGGACUGGAGGUGGGAGGAUCGAGGGGUGUAUGUGACACAGCCUUACUCCAUGGAGGUGAAGGCACAAGUAUGUGGUAACCACCAGAUAUCUCGGAUCGUCUCCCACACUGACCCACUCAACGUGACCCUGACUGAUGAUGCCAUGUCUGCCCAGGUGAGCCAGGACGGAGGGUUCAGCUGCGACCACGGCUGGAGCAUGCUGGUGUACUACAGGAGUGCCUAACGGCCCCACCUGUUGCGGGAGACCGGUGAACGCUCUGCCACUGGGAUCAUGAAGGAUGACCUGCUCAUGCUGAACCUCUUCCCAGAGGUGCCCACCAACACCUACUCCAGCAGGAAUGAGAUUAUCUUUGUCAUCGACCGCUCAGGAAGCAUGCAUGGGGAAAAGAUAGAGAGUGCCCGGGCAACACUUCUUCUGUUCCUGAAGAGUCUGCCUCUGGGUUGCCUCUUCAACAUUGUCAGCUUCGGCUCAUCCUUCUCAGUGCUCUUCAAGAAGUGAGUGGUCCAGACUGGGUUAGGAUAAGUGAGAGGUCAUUCUUCCUCUUCCUCCUAUAUUUAUCUUGUCUCAUCUUUCUCAUCUUCUAUCUUUUAAUUUACUUCCAUUCCUCCUCCUCCUCCACCUCCUCCUCAUAGCUGCAAGCGCCGGUUUGUAAAAGUCUCACUCGUGACCAAGACUCUAGGCAAGCGAUUGGUCUUUGUGGCAUUUUCAAGACCCAGUGUUGGAGGCAUCUAACACAGCAGUAUCUGAUUUCCAUGCAUAAACUUUUCAUUUGCUCAAUUUAUGGUCACAUCUUUUCUGAAACUUCAAAAGCGCUCUGAUUAAUGAGUCAUGCCUUCUCUUCUCAGUCAAUGCGAAGCCUGUCGUGGCAGGUUUGCCCCUCAGUAUUUCCGGAAUUCUUCUGCCUGCAGGUUGUGUCACCUCCAGAGUAAGAUAGAGAGACUCAACGAGAAAUACGAGGAGAAGUGCAAGCAGUAUGAGGACGUCGUGCAACAGCUUGAAGCACUAAAAGAGUUCGUUGUCUCUAAUACAGGUUGCACCUCCACAGAUGUUGUUCCUGCCAUCCCUGACAGACCUGCCUCCUCCACUCCAGGGGCUCCUGCCCGCCCACAUGCUGUGCUUGCAGAGUCACCAUUCACUUUAGUCAGUAAUCGUGCCACCACCACUAAUGUUAAGAAAUCUUUGCCCAUCUCAACACACAACAGGUACCAGAUCCUAGCUGAAGAAAAGGAAGAUGCACAAGAGACGAGACUGGUCGGAGACUCAAUAGUCAGAGGUCAGCUCUCUGAGUUCUGUGGCAGGGCUCGUAGGACACGUAAGCGUCUAUGCAUGCCUGGUGGACGCUUAGACGACAUCACGGCAGCAUGCGACGAGGCAGCCUGCGGAUCUAAUAAUAAUACCCUC